GAAAAGUACAAUUGCUACAGUUGUUAAUAGUAAUACGACUCGUUUGCGCACAAUUAGAACUGAAUCAGUUGCAUUAGUCACAGAACUCAGAGGCCGUUGUAUAUUACUCCUAUUAUUAUAAUAGUCAUGUUAUAUAAUUCCUCUCUUCUACAAGUCCACUUUCAAUCAAUACUUUUUAUCGAAUUAAUCUCUAUGGGGCAACCAACAACACACGCCAUAACUGUCAACUGUCGAAAACAGUCAACAACAGUCAAAUAAUUGAAAUAAAACAUAGAGCGAGUGUUUUUUAACGGGUUAACCACGCAAUUUGAACGACCUGUUGGUUUGUUGUUGCAAAAGUCUGCCGUGUUUUUGCAAAAUUUUUGGAAAUCGUCAGUGGCAACGUUGGAAUGAAUCCGGCAACGUGCGUCGGGAAUUACUAUCUUUUGAGAAAUUGCAGCGCCUUCUCUGACCGUCUUCCCAAAGAGUCAGUGGCCCCAACCCCAUUGCUGUGCAGGUCACAGUGUGGCACUUACACCCCGGGGGCUCUUUUUUGCGUGGCUUGUUUGGGUUUUGUUUGUUUGAAAUCGAACCGUUGUUGAAAAUUUUGACAACCUCGUGAAUAGUUGCGCAUCGCGAACGGACCAAUGGGAUGGUUGCUCGGUUCUGGUCAUGCGCAGAACCGGUGGGCUGUGGAGGAAGAGGUAGCCAUUUUGUGAGCGUCGGUUGAUUGUUUGAGAAACGCUCUGUUGACGAGCUAGUGUUUUUAACACGCUAGUACCCAGCAUAAAGUUUCAAAGCCGGUAUGGGUGAUUACCAAGUGACUGGGGUCCAGCAGGAUGCGAUGGGGGCUGUCCAGCUGGAGCUGGGUGGAAAUCCGAAUGCUCUUGCUUUGCGGCGGCCUUUUGACCCUUUGGCGCACGACUUGGAGGCCAGUUUCCGGCUAACGCGCUUUGCCGACCUCAAGGGACGUGGCUGCAAGGUGCCCCAGGAGGUGCUCAACAAGCUGGUGGAGGGGCUCCAGCAGGACUACAACACGGCCGCCGAACACGAACAUGCCCACUUUAUGCAUAUGGCCAUACCCCGCAUCGGCAUCGGACUCGAUUGCUCGGUGACGCCGGUGCGCCAUGGGGGCCUGUGCUUGGUCCAGACGACAGACUUCUUCUACCCACUGGUGGACGACCCGUACAUGAUGGGGAAGAUCGCUUGUGCCAAUGUCCUGAGUGACUUGUAUGCCAUGGGGGUGACAGAGUGCGACAAUAUGCUGAUGUUGUUGGGGGUCAGUACGAAGAUGACUGAAAAGGAGCGAGAUGUUGUGAUUCCCCUAAUUAUGAGAGGUUUCAAAGAUUCUGCCCUGGAAGCUGGAACAACUGUAACAGGUGGACAAACCGUUGUGAAUCCCUGGUGUACGAUUGGUGGUAUUGCCACAACUGUCUGUCAACCGAAUGAAUAUAUCGUGCCGGAUAAUGCCGUUGUUGGAGAUGUGCUCGUACUCACCAAGCCACUUGGAACGCAAGUGGCCGUCAACGCACACCAGUGGUUGGACCAGCCCGAGCGCUGGAACCGAAUAAAGUUAGUUGUAAGUGAAGAGGACGUGCGUAAAGCGUAUCAUCGUGCAAUGGACUCGAUGGCGCGGUUGAAUCGCAUCGCUAGCAGAUUGAUGCAUAAAUAUAAUGCCCAUGGAGCUACAGAUGUGACAGGCUUUGGUCUGUUAGGUCACGCACAAACGUUAGCUUCGCAUCAGAAGAACGAGGUUUCGUUCGUUAUUCAUAACUUGCCCGUAAUUGCGAAAAUGGCAGCCGUAGCCAAGGCUUGCGGUAACAUGUUCCAACUUUUGCAAGGACAUUCGGCUGAAACGUCAGGAGGACUUUUGAUCUGUUUGCCGCGAGAACAAGCGGCCGCUUAUUGUAAAGAUAUAGAAAAACAAGAAGGUUAUCAAGCUUGGAUCAUUGGGAUUGUUGAAAAGGGGAACCGAACUGCUAGGAUUAUUGAUAAGCCUCGGGUUAUUGAAGUUCCGGCUAAAGAAUAAGUACAUUUCAAUAUUCCAAGUAUUGAUGUUUAUGACUGGCCGUUAAUUUUCUAGCUGCCUAGGUCAUAAGCGCUAUGAAUAACAGUUUCAACCUAAAGUCGUUUAUUUUCAAAUAUUUUUCCAAGAUGUUCAAAGAAGUGCAUGUUUAUGAAUACUAUUUUUGUUGUUGAAUACUGUUACCAUUCGCUUCUUGUAGUUUCAAUAUUUUCCCUUAAAGCAGUUUAUAAAGAUUUAUUUAGCUUUUGUUAUCAAAUUUAUUUAGUGAUGCAUUUUCCACUAAAACUAAUCUCAGAUUCUCGUUAGUAGACUAUGUAUCUUGUACAAAAUUUCGUUUCGUAUUUAUGUUUCGUCAUAGAGUUUUAGAAAUAGGUAAAAGUCGUAUUGGUAUUUUGUAUAAUAAUUUUUCAAAUAAUUAAGUAUUCUACUGACA